ACGGAAAGGAUUUUGUAUUAUAACAACGUUUAUUUUUACAAUGAUAACAUUAUUCAUUUGUUUGAUGUUUACUUGAAAACAUAUCUCCCAUUAAACAUCAUUAAUUUGAAGAAUUUGAAACGAAAAUCUUAUAAUACACUCUCUUUUCUAACCGAAUCUAAAAAAAAUGCAUAAUAUAGAAUGUAUUAAAAUUCUAUUUAAUCGUCAGUUAUGUCUAUCCACAUGUUUCUUUGAUAAUGUUAUUGAGUAUGCUUGUUUGUCAUACUCGUUCUGUUUUUAAGUUGUAAAGUCACUGUAUAUUACCUUCAAACUUACGAUAUUGAUUGGCAAAUUAAAAAUAUAAAUGACUUAAGGACUGAUCGUGCUAAAGUGCAUACGAUCUUGGCACAAAUUAUUAUUCACAGAAAAAAAAGCAAUUGCAGCUUUAGUUAAAGUAGAAAUUACAUAAUGACAGAGUACAAGCUCGUAGUUGUGGGAGCUGGAGGUGUUGGUAAAUCUGCGCUUACAAUUCAGUUGAUACAAAAUCAUUUUGUAGAUGAAUAUGAUCCCACUAUAGAAGAUUCUUAUAGAAAACAAGUAGUUAUAGAUGGAGAGACAUGCCUUUUAGAUAUAUUAGAUACAGCUGGUCAAGAAGAAUACAGUGCAAUGAGAGAUCAAUAUAUGAGAACUGGAGAAGGAUUUUUAUUAGUAUUUGCUGUAAAUUCAGCAAAAAGUUUUGAAGAUAUUGGAACAUAUAGGGAACAAAUAAAAAGAGUAAAAGAUGCAGAAGAAGUACCAAUGGUUUUAGUAGGAAAUAAAUGUGAUCUUCAACAAUCUUGGGCAGUAAAUAUGACACAAGCAAGAGAAGUUGCCCGUCAAUAUGGUGUGCCUUUUGUUGAAACUUCAGCUAAAACGAGAAUGGGAGUAGAUGAUGCUUUUUAUACACUGGUGAGAGAAAUACGGAAAGACAAAGAACAUAGAGGUAAAGAAAAAAAGAAACGUAUGAAGACAGGUAACGCGAACCGUAGAAAACAUCGAUGCUGUUUGCUUUAAGUCAUUGAAUCACGUUAAUUCCCUCAUUCGAUACAUUAAUAUGGAAAUAGAUUGUAAAAAAAUAUUAGAUUAUGUUCACUUUACGCACAUUUUUUGCAGCUUCCUCUAGAAUAUUGUAAUAUUACAAGCACAAUUUUUUCUAUACAUUGGGAGGGAAAAAAAGAACAAAAUAUAUAAUAGUAUUGUAUUAUAUAUCACAUACAUUUUUAUUCUUGAAGUUAAAUUUCAUAAAAUACAUUAUUUGUUCAACAGUCUGCCAUAUAACUCUUAAUAUUCCAUUAGCAAAAAAAAAUUUUAACCCUUGAUUGCUUAGAAUAGUCAGUAUCAAAAAAAAAAA